UCGAGUAAUUCUGAAAUGCAUGCACCCUAAGCUGAUGGACCAGUAGCUUUGUCUACAUCUCUGACAGAAACCAGCCAGACAACAAGGCAAAAUGAGCAGUUGGUACAAGAAAAGGAAACUAGAAAGAAUACACAUAUCUUUUAUAAAGGAAACUGGUAUCAUAUAAGUCAAUUUGUGUCCUGGGAACAGGGUAAAUUUUACAUGCCAAAACAGUCACGUUUGAAUAGGUUUUAUUCAAAUUAUGCCAUAUUUGAUAAAUUUUUACCACCUGAGAGUCUUUUAAAUCAAGAUAAACAUUUGACCAGAGGAGAUUUUAUAGCUACUUGGAAUAAUGGAUUUUUUUGCUUUGGAAAAUUAAUGAGAAUAGUUAAGCAAUCUGUUAAAGGAAAAUGUGCACAUCCUCAAUUUAUAUGGAAAAAAAGCAAUGAAGGUGCUGCCACAACAGAUUUUGCCAUUCAAAUUCUCAGUUCAACUAACAAACAGCAAGAAACAGUACCAGACAGUCUUAUCAUAACAAAAACAUUUAAAUGGGUUUCAUCAGCUGAAUUCGUCUUAAAACUCAUUCUACAACCUAAAGAUGGAUACUUCAUAAUGGACAGCUCAUGUAGACAACAACUAAUUGAUGCUAUUACAUACCUACAAGAGAAUGACAAAAACGAAGAAAAAGGCAAAGGGAAGACAAAAAAAGGAAGUUUGAUGAGAAAAAAUCUGGACCUCCAGAAAAAAUGA